AUGGCGCGGUGCACGGGUGCAAUACUACAAUUAAGCUCCACAGUAAAUCCAUUACCUUCACUUCAUCUUACUUUCACCAAAUUCACUUUUAUGGACGAGGUUGCAGCGGGAACACCCCGUGUUUUGCGCGAGUGCGCCUCCAUGCUAUCCACCCCGAACCACGAGAGAUACAUAGAUACCCCAGACUACUCCAAAUAUUCCACCCAUCCAGACAUUCAGUAUUUUCGUUCCGUCAAAGCAAAAAACCAUUAUCAGUACCACCGUCUCAAACGAACUUCCAAGCCAAUCAGGGAACGAAUCUACGCUGCUGCCUCGAAGUUCGACCCGUAUAGUCGACCACAGCUUCUACACCGACUAGCAUCCUACACGGCACUCAACUGGAGUUUGCCAGAGUCAGCUUUGGCUCUGAAACUGUGGGAAGUCUCCGAGCUCAAGUGUGCUCAGAACGGAUGGCGCUGCGUGUCGAUCCGGAACUCCAAUUUGAAAAACCAUUUGGUGUGUGACGUGUGUCACCAUCAACUUAUUCUUCGUUAUAACGAGGUUCACGAUUCCAUAUUUGACUUUGAUGUCGAAGAAGUUGCCCAACUCAACGUAAAUCUUGCUCGGUCCUACUUGAAGCAAAUCACUACUAAGGCUCACGGCACCGCUUGUCCAUGGCAGAGCCUCGAGACUCCAUUGCAAGGCGUAUACUACAUGCGACCUUUCUUGAAGAACACCAACGAAACUCUUUUAGCAGAGUACCGCAAAGCAUUGAGUGGCCUCGUACGCCACUGGCGGGUGCUAGAACUGCAAAUAUCUCUUCCAUCUUUGUCUCAAAACCACAUCGAAGACACCGUCGUUCAGAUCUCUACAGAAAUUCUUCUAGCUGGUGAAAAUGAAGACAAGGAAAAUUUGGCUUCUUUGGCGGCCGCAGCCCCCUUAUGGGUAUUCACCAUUGCCCAGCUUGGCUGGGAGCUCCGGAGCCAAAAAUUUGCAUCUCAAACUGUCUAUUUGAUGGUCUGCACUGGUUGCAAUGCUCGUUGGGUUUUGAACGAUAUCCGUCAAAAUUCUUCCAACCAAGAACCUCAAUUGUCUCCCUCUAACAUUCUCACACCCUGUGAGCACAGAGCUAUAGUCGAAGAAGACGACGAAUUCGACCCAUGGGACCACAAAUCAUGGUGUUGUCGGAAACAAGACUCGGCACAUUUGGCCGAAUUGUUGAGGCGGGGACUCAAGCGCCAGGCUGAAGAAUCCACCCAGCUGCGAAAGUCAGCUCGAACAGAAACAGGUAUAGACAUAAAACAAUAA